AUGGUUUCCUGUAACCACAGUCAGUGGCUCGGGAUUUCGACAGAGGAAAACUCGUGCGCCCUUCUGGAGUCUGACAGAGCGCAAACCCUCCUCGCCAACAGUCCAACCGCCGGAGUCCAGUGCCCGAGCUUGUUUGUACUCAUUGGGAGCACGUCCAAGGCUCGAGCGAUCCAGGAGCUUGUUUCUGCCAAGGCCUCCACGACUAGACGCGCUCACGGCGAGGUACACUUGCAACUUGACCAUUCAUCUGCGUUCAGCGAACGGCCCAUAUACAUAGCAGAUAGUGACAUCCCUGAGAGACACCAGCGGGGCAGGAUAAUUCCUGCAGAUUCGUGUCACGAGACAAUCGCCCACUCAUUUUACCAAGCUGGGAAACGGCCGCUCGAUGCGAGUAGGAUUGCUGAAACAAUCUACGCCCAGCUUCUUCAUCCGUUCGCAGACGUAUUCUGCCUUUUUGCAGCGGACCUAGGGGGUCUCCGCAGGAUCUCCCGCCAGGUGGCCGCGUGGCUUGAGAAGCCGCAAGCGUCACUAUUACCGACUGAAACAUAUCCGUCCCUUGUGAUCGUCACAGAAAAUAGCACACGGGCUCGUGAGGAGGUAAUCAGAGGCUGGUUUCUAGAUAUUCUAGGUGCAGACACUUCUAAGAGCUUGUCUGAUCGCUUCUCUAGUCUUGAAGUAGUCGUACUGUCGCAGGUAGGGUCCAUGUCUAACGGCGCGCGCCAUCAUCGUUUGAGAGAUUGCCUAAGGCGGGUCUCAGACCGCGUACGCAAGCACAGAACUAAUACCCGUACUCUUUUCUCUGUUAGACAUUUCCACGCAUUUUUUAGACUAGCUUGUCAACACCUAGCAAGGGGUGACAGUGAACCUUUUGACUUUAUGACUGCAGCGAGGCUGCGCAAUCCCGUUUCUCCAGACCUCAAGCAACACCUUUCCAGCUUUAUGCAGCUCGUACGGUCACCACGCGAGCUAAUCGACUUUGUAGCACCAACAAUCGCAUCGAGUCUCUUCUUAGACAGCUAUCCCCCAGAUGCUCCAAUGUUCGAUCCUAGAUCUGUAUUCGAAAGGUUGUACAAGGGUGUCUGCGAUGAGGCAGCCCAAGCUAUAUUGACGCCUGAAGAUGGUAGUAACUUUGUAAUACCCAGUACUAUCGUCAAAGCGGUUCAACACCACUUCCAAGACCACUUUUUGAACGCACUGCAGUCGAAGAGCUCUGAAUUCGCUGCGGAGUCACACAAGCGCUUUCUGCAAGGAACACGAGACAUUUGGCUCAAGCUUCAAAGCCGAGAGACAUGCCUUGUAUGCCUUUGCCGCAGGCCGCACAUUGGGCUUCCUUGCGGGCACACAGUAUGCGAAAACUGUGUUUGCAUAUUUGGCCAGCCGUCAUUGGAUGAUCCGUGUGUUUACUAUAUCAACAAGUGUUUUCUCUGCAAACUGGACGCGAAGCAAAAGACCGUUCGCAUCCAUCCGCCUACAGCUGGCGCAGGCGUUCUCAGCAUGGAUGGCGGCGGCGUACGGGGUAUACUUGAGCUUAUUUUUCUUCGGUUGUUGGAAGAUCGGAUCGGCCUUCCAAUUCCUGUCUUGCGAUACUUCAAUGUCGUGUUUGGAACGAGCACAGGAGGUAUCGUCGCACUGGGACUCGCCCAGGGUUGGUCCAUUCAAAAGUGCAUUGAGAUUUUUCCACGGCUGGCUGACGCAGCCUUCCAGCGGAGGAAGUUUUUAGGCAUGCUCCAUCUGCCUAAGGCCUUGGAAUCUUUGAUGUCCAUAUUUACGGACUGCCUCUACCCGACCAGUCAGAUUGAGGCGGCACUUAAGGAAGCCUACGGUUGUGAACAAGGUAUUUUGGAAAUGUCUCAGACAACAUCCUUUGGGACCAGAGUUGGAAUUCCAGUAGCAACUGUCCACGGACCUUCGUUGUGUCUGUUCACUAGCUACAACGGCACAGGAAUGCGCAAGGAAAACCUAGAGUAUCAUAUUAUCGAGUCGCAUGACGGCGUAGAGCAGCCGCGAGUGUGGGAAGUCGCACGUGCAGCAUCAGCAGCUCCAUUAUUCUUCAAGCCCACUACCAUCAAAGGAUAUGGCGACCAACAGGACGCUGGAUUACUCCGCAACAACCCGAUCUUUAUGGCUCUUUCUGAAGCCGAGACUUUAUUCCCAUUCACUGAAGAACCCGACUUUGUAGUAAGCCUUGGUACCGGAGGUCCGCGUCCUGAUACCGACGACCUUUGCACUUCAGGCUCGCGUAGUCUUCUCAAAGACGGCUGGAUCUCACGCGUCGCCCGCGGAUCGCUGGCAACCAUGGCUGGGGGCCGAGACUGGAAAGCACUUGUAAGUUUCGGUAGGCCAAAGUCUAGUGGCAAGUACCACCGACUGGAUAUUAAGUUUGACGGGCCUGAGCCGAGACUGGAUGCCGUGAGUGACAUGAUCAGCCUCCAGUCCUCGGCUCUUCAUGAUACUUUGCUAUCCCCAGUGCUCGAUAACAUUGCAGAGUGCGUUGUAGCUUCUCUAUUCUACUUAAAGCCACACACACGCCUAAGAUAUAGAGGUAGACAAUAUAUCGGCUCUGGCUGGAUCAAAUGCAAGCUUCGGCAUGGUGAGCCUGCGCUCGAAGUCCUCCUCAGCCGGCUUCAUACCGCUGGAGCGCGGCUAUUGAUUGGCAAUAGAAAUAGUCCUGAACUCCAUGAUAAGUGCAUCGCCGAAAUUGACGAUCACUUCAACCUAGACGAAACCGGCGAUUUCUGCAUAAACCUGGAAUUAGACGUGCAAAGCAGCUUUUCUAUCUUCCUGCAGAAAGGCAGCAACGCUCCUCGUCACAUUAGCGGCUCACCGUUCUCUAUGGAGAGAUUGGUGCAAGCAGAGGGCCUGGAAGCUUACUUUGGCCGAGCAGACCACCGAAAGCGCAAUUGGGCCAUUGAUGAGUGUGAAAUGCCACAGGCAAAACGUAGACGGUGA